UUCCACCUUCACCGUUUUGAAGCGCUUGCAUUGGUCAACUUUUCUCUCCUUCCAUGCACGGAGCAAAGCUUGGAACAUCAUUGAUCGUUGCACCGAGAGUGAAAUUGCAAACCACUUCUUGUUUUCUUGCUGCUUGCCCGCUCUUUCUCUUCCUACCGCACGCAGUCCGACACCUACAUCAUCGGGCAACCUCUCUCUCUCUCUCUCGGACACGCACCACUCGUUUGCAGGUCCAUUUUAGCUCGAGCGCCUUCGUUGUUGAUUUUUCGGUUGACGGGUUCCCCUUAACUGGGCAUGACGUGACAGCCAGUAGCCAGUACGUACCGUCUGCGCCGGGGCACGUUUUAGUCUGCCCGACCAAAAUAGGAGACACUCAAUUUUUGACCGACACUCGCAGCAUAGAAAGAACAGUGAACACUGAACACAGCACAAGCAACACAAGCGCUACGCCGCCGCGACCCGGAACCAAACACCAACACGAUCGCUUGACUAAAAGGGGGAACAUACACAAGUGUCGACGACAUUGUCGCUGAGGACGCUUCCUGCUGCGACAACUCUACGUCGACGCGCAUCCAAUCGUUUUAAACGCGGAUUUCGUUCUCAACCGCCAGCAGUCGCAUCGCGCUGUCCUCCCUCGCUCGCAUUCCGGUCUUGUCCCUGCUUUUACACACCACACCGACAAACCCCCUUACGAAUUUCCCCUUUCUCGCUAUUGCCCAGAUGGCUUCAUUCGGCAGUUUCUUCCGCUCUAUGUGGCACGAUAUCACCAGCUAUGACCGACAUUCCUCAUUUGACUCUCCGCAAAGGACAGGGCGCCAUGUUCCUCUCCAUGGCCGUAAUGGCCUCACUUCGAUAGCGACCGCCUCCGAUUCUCGCAACGACAUUUCCUCCCCUUACCACGACGAAUCCACCCGCCCUUCGGCACACUUUGAUGCCGCCUAUGCCCCCAACACUCCCGGUCUUCCGAUGAGCCCCAGUGGGAGGCCAUAUUCGCCCGGCAUGAGAUCCAUCAACACACGGGCAUCCGUCCCACCCGAUGCUUUCGACAUGCAGAGCCCCACCGGGUCGAUUCCGAUGCAGUCUUUCCAGGAUGGCCAGCCGCCCGCGCCACCGAUCCACAACUCGUGGAAUCGGAUCGACGCCUGGGCCGAGGAGCACUACAUGGAACUUUGGGAUCAGCUCUGCGAAGGCGCCACUAACAACGAUUUGAACGAUCUCGAGCACCAGCUCGACUGCUCCCUUCCUCAGGACGUCCGCGAGUCCCUGAUGAUCCACGAUGGCCAAGAAAGAGGCGGCAACCCCACGGGCAUCAUUUUUGGGUCCAUGCUUUUGGACUGCGAAGAGAUUGUUCAGGAGUGGGAGAACUGGGUAAAGGUCAACCAAGAAUUCCUGCUCGAGGCGACAUUCCCCAGGCCCGCUGUGCCUUCCAAGAUUCUGGGAGGAAGCAGCCACGCUUCGACUUCGGCGGCCUCGUCCAGCUCGGCCCCCGUUUCGCCCCAGAAUGGCAACUGGAGACAAGAACUGCUCGCUCGUCAGGACAGUGUCCCCGCCGGUGCCAUCCAGAAGGUGUAUGCGCACCCCGCGUGGAUCCCUCUUGUUCGCGAUUGGGGUGGAAACAACUUGGCUGUUGACUUGGCGCCAGGACCCAAGGGUACCUGGGGCCAGGUUAUUCUGUUUGGUCGCGACUACGACACCAAGUACGUAGUCGCGAAGUCGUGGGCUCAUUUAGUGGCUACUGUUGCGGACGAUCUUGGCAGCGGCAGAUGGUUCAUCGAUGAUGAUUCGGGCGAGCUUAAGCUGCGCGAGUUUAAGAGUGCCCGCGUUGAGCCCGGUUAUUUCGACAUUUUGAGGUGGAGGUGUGACCAGAAGUAUGGUCGUACCGCCAACAAGCGCAGGUCGAUGGCUCCUCCAAGGGGUGCAACCAGUGCGCCCACUUCGCCCUAUGCCAACGCGGCUGAUUCCAACGCUGAGCCUCGUGGUCGGUCGCUCCAGAGGUUGAGCCAGAUUUCACCCAUGCCCAGCCCAAUUCGGCCAGGUGUUGGAAAGGCGAGCCCAUUGGCGAGAGUGGCCGAGGAGGUUCCCUUGACAUCGGCGACGAACAGUAUCAAGGUGCCGGAGAAGUUGGUUGAGGUCGACACCCCAAGACACAGCGGAGAGGAGAACAAAGAAAGUGCCCCGAGGUUAGCUGCCCUUGCUGCAAAUGGCGAGGUCAGCCCUCCUCCCGAGGUCACCAUCACUGAGCCUUCUCAGACAAAUGGCACGUCAUCAGCGCCUGGCAGCAAACGAAGCAGCAAGCAGGCCACCGUUGUUGAGGUGGAAGAGACGACACUGAAGACCAUUGAGAUCUAG